AUGGACUCUCCCCGCAAGUCAGAGAAGCUUGUGCAAGAAGACCUGCUGCACGAUGGCAUGCCACCCGAGAUCUAUGACGACAUGGUCAAGCACGAGCGAUUUAUCUACUUUUCGCUCAUGUUCCUCAACGGAUCCGUGCUUUGGGCCUAUUACUCGUGUCUCAGUGCUCAAGACUUUUACACGGUCGAGUUCCCUGACUCUGGACUCGACUUUUCCUUCUUAACGACUCUGUGCACGGCGUGGCCAAUGGUCAUCGGGCACGGGCUGCAAAUGAUCUUCGGCCUCGACAAAAAGUUUAGCCAAAGUUUCCGCGUACACGCUGGAUACUGCAUUUACAUGCUCAUGGCCAUCCUCAUCAUGGUCUUUAGCGCGAUUGACUUUCAGAGUCAAAAGACUGGCGGAAUCCUCGUGCUCGUGUGCUUCGUGUGCAUUGGGAUCGGUAAUUCGCUGUCUGAAGCUACGUACUACACGUUCGCGGCGCUGUUUCCCGUCAAGAAGUUCACAGACGGCGUGCAGAUUGGCAACGCUUGCGCUGGCAUCCUAAACAUCACAGUAGCCACGGUACUGCGACUCGCAGUGGGGGGCGUGAAUCAGACCAGCAGCUCUACGAGGCUCAGUUUCUACAUCUUCUUUAGUCUGCUGGUCCUUGUCUUGGUAUGUGCGGUGCUGCUCUACCGCUACUUGAUGCGUUUACCGUCAGUCCAGUUCCUCGUGGACCGCAACGAAGACUCGGCCAAGGCAGCGUACUUGGCAAGCCAAUCGGUCGGCCGCACGCUACAGAACCUGGGCCGCAUCUUUUCGAUCGUCUGGCUACCGGCCGUCGCCCAGUUCCUCGUCUUUUUCGUGUCGCUCUCGGUGUUUCCUGGUUUGGGCUGCGCGGCGUCGCGGAACCUCUACCCACCGUUCAGUGACGAAGCCCACGACCUCACGAACUCGUGGUACUGCUCGCCAGGGAUCAUUGGCAGCUACAAUUACGGCGACUUUAUCGGUCGCAUCAUCUGCACGGCGGCCGUGUACCGCGUCGUGACUAUGGGGUGGGCGCUCGGGCUGUCGGUUCUCCGACUCGCCUGUUUUCCGCUUCUGCUCAUGGGAGUGGCCGGCACGCCCUUUUACGCCUUCCCGCUCGGCAGCACGAGUGCACUGGUCUACAACAUUGCGCUCAAUCUGCUCAUUGGCGUUUCCACGGGCGUGCUCUCGACUGUCACAAUGGGCGUCGCGCCUCGCCUGUUGACCCCUGAGGACCGCGAAUCAGGUGGGGCUGUCAUGGUGUUUUCCCUGUUUCUCGGAAUCGCAACAGGCUCUACUUUGGGGUUCCUCGUCAGUGAUGGCAAGUGGCUCGGCCUAUAG